UAAACUGUUCUCUUAGGGUGUAGAAAGCCAGUCAUUACUGAGACUUAUUAGUGUAAGUUUAAAAUAGCACUUGCUCAGCAUAAGAAUACCUAGCAAUACCUAGACAGAGCAUAUAGGCCACAAGCGAGGUAUCAUUAUCCCCUUUCUGCAUAUGGGGAAACUGAGGCAGAGGUAAAGUAACUUGUUCAAGGUCACCCGGCAGACCAGAGGCAAAGCUUGCACUACAAUGUAGGUCUGUUGGAUCCCAGUCCAGUGCCCAGUCCACUAGGCACACUGCAUUUCCAAAGACAUAGCAGAACUUACAGAUGCCACAGAGAACUAGACAACCUUUUAACCCACCUACCAAAGUAUUUGCAGUUUAUCAUUCAAAGCUGAGAGCUGCAGGGAGGGGCUGCUGCUUUAGCUGCCCAGUGUGGCAGGAGGGACAACUGAGAGCUAAGGGAAGGGCCACUGCUUUCCGGGCGGAGCGUGAUUUGAGCUGUUCCCUGUUGUUCCUCCCCACUAUUAGCAGGCACACAUCGUCUCUAGUCUCAGUGAUAGGAGCCUGGGCUUGCUACACCACCAGCAUGAAGGCUUUGCUAAUCCUGGGGCUUCUCCUCCUGCCCCUGGCUGCUCGUGGGAAGACCUAUGAAAGGUGUGAGCUGGCAAGAGCAAUGAAAAGGCUUGGGCUGGAUGGAUACCAGGGCUACAGCUUGGGACAUUGGGUGUGCGCAGCAAGAUACGAGAGCAACUUUAACACAGGAGCCACGAACUAUAACCCCGGUGACCAAAGCACUGACUAUGGGAUUUUACAGAUCAACAGCCACUGGUGGUGUAAUGAUGGCAAGACUCCAAGAGCCAAGAACACAUGUAAAAUCCAGUGUCAUGAGUUACUGACAGCAGACAUUACAGCGAGUGUAAAUUGUGCAAAGAGAGUUGUUCACGAUCCUAAUGGCAUGGGUGCAUGGGUGGCAUGGAGAAAGAACUGCAAAGGACGAGAUGUCUCCCUGUGGAUCCGUGGCUGUGGGCUAUAAAGUGAUGGGGUUUAUCGCAUCUUGGUUCCCUUAUAAAUAAGGAGCUUUUCACAUAGAGCAAAAUAUUCUCUUUGCUUGCUUCCCUUUUACAAUUAAUCAUGUUCAGAAUAAAAAAAAUUCAGGAGAAAGGUUUGCAGGGCAACUGACUGGUAAAAUGCAAAUAUUUUACUCCUUGCUGUGGAUCGUUCCAUGUGACCAGCUGCAGUAACUUAUUUUGUGUUCUACACAGUUUUAAAGAGCUCCUAUUAGCUCUGUAUUAUGUAUACACAUUAGAAUAAGCCAGAUCUGUUUUUCCUGUGAGAUCCUGCUACUACUUUGUUCUGCUAAUUAGUAAUAUUAUGUCAUCUUGCUUUCGAGCUCACAUUCAUUACACUCAAUAAAAUUACUUACUUUGCGCAUCA